AACAAGUGACAUUGGCAACUUUUUUGGUUGAAGAUGAUGAAGGUAUUACUGAAGAAUCUGAAGCAGAAGAGGUCAAAUAUAGUAAUCUAGAAAUUGUGGAGCGUUUUGACAUCGAAAAUAUAGUAUACUUAAGUGAUGAAAUAUUUCAAGAUGGGCAAGGCAUAUUUGAUUUUGAUUUUAUGGAUCUAGCAGCAGAUUUAAUAAGAGAAUGGGGUUAUGAUAAUGAAGAUAAUGGGUUAA